CACAAACCCUGCCUGGUGAUCGGCCUUUUUCUGUCACACAAUCUGUGGCUCAGCAAAUUCUUCCGAGCUGAUGAUCACUAUCCCGGGUUGACGAUCAGUAUUCCGGACUCACCUUCGAAGGAUAUAUAAUAGCUAUUCAGGAGAAACUCGGUAUUGGCCCUGGCAAUGCAAAUGAAUUAGUAGUGCCUUCAGAUUCCGAGCUCAUGGGGAAAACACUUGCCGAUUCUUACAAGCUAUUGUUAGAAUUGGUGGGGGAUUUAAUUCCGAUACAGGAGAAACUUGAAGAUGAUAUAGUAGUAAUUCAGGAUAAACUCGGUAUUAUUGGCUAUACCAAUCAAGAAAGGGCAGAAGAAGUCGAUGAAAAAGCAAGAGCAUAUCUCCAAAAGUUUGAGGAAUUCCACGGUCCAUUAGAAGAUGUUCCAAUUGUGAUUUUACAGAAAUAUGGUGAAAUGGGAGUAAAUAAAAUUCGGUUUACUGGAGAGGGGCAUCCGCUAUUUCCAAAUCUCUCUCCUCAACAAUUGCACGAAAUAUUCGUCAAAAAUUCAGCUAACACCGAUCAGUGCCCAUUUCUAGAACAGGUAAGCUAAUCUAUAUUUUUUGUCGCACAAUCUGACCGAAGGCGCUGUGCAUGGCCCAGCA